AUGAAUGAUAUCCCCAUUGAGAAAAUCAAAUGGGUGCACUUCUUUCAACAAACAUAUGAUAAGCUGGAUCGAGCCUUUAAGAUUGUAACGUAUUGUUGCAACUCAAUUCAAGUUAUUUCAAUCCAACUUUAUGAUUUCUUAGACAGAUUUAACAAAAUCACAAAUACAAAUAUAACACAAUACCAAGCAUCAAAAUGUUACGAAUUUUCUAAAGCUUGCGCUUCACUUUUAGGAUUUUGCUCAGUUUUAUCCGAAACGCGUUGGCUUUCUUAUUUCAUACAGUAUCAUCUUCAUCACCCAUACGAAGUUAUGAUGAAAUUAUGGCAAGUAUGGCAAGAUUGCUCCGAAACAAUGAUGUUUACUUCCUUUGAGUUCAGAGAAUCUCUAGCAUUUGCAUUCUGUCAAGAUUUGAUCAAAGUUCACACCCUACUCUCAACGCAAAUCAAGAGUUGCCCAAUUAGAUACAAAGAUCAAUUUAUAAUUAAAUUAUCGCAGAUUCAGUCUUGUUUGCAGCAGCCACAGUUCAAUGAAGAUUUAUCUAAGAAUUCCUACGUUAUUAAACAUUCAGAAUGGACAAUAAUCAAAGAAAAUAUCGGCUCUGGUGGUUACGCUUCAGUACACUUAGCCAGACUCAAAUCUACCAACGAGCUUGUCGCUGUCAAAGAAAUGAAGGCCAGCCAGCUCUACGCUCGAAGAAUUAUUUUUAUGAAGCGAGAAAUCGACGCAUUGAUGAAACUGAACCAUCCGAAUACUAUUAGACUGAUAGGUGUCACAGUUACACCUCCAUUUUGCAUUGUAACUAAUUUAAUUCCAAAUGGAAGUUUUACAGAAUAUAUCAUUGGAAAUGGUCCUUUAACUACUAAAGGGACACCUAUAUUUAGACUUAGAAUCAUGUUAGACUCAGCCAGAGGCAUGGAAUACCUUCACGCGCUUGGUUUAAUGCAUCGAGAUUUUAAACCACUGAAUAUCCUUAUAGAUGAAAACGAAAGAGGUGUAUUAUGUGAUUUUGGCUUGUCCAGACCAUUUUCUGGAAAGAAAUCAGGUGAUUUAGGCACAAUGCAGUGGAUUGCUCCAGAAUUACUUCAACACGGCGUCCAAUACGACGAAUCAGUUGAUGUAUAUGCUUUUGGCAUAACACUAUGGGUCAUAGCAACCUCAAAGAACCCUUAUACAGGAAUGAGACAGAUGCAAUACGCAAAUUUAGUCAUUUCAGAAAAUUUGCGGCCAACACCACCAGACGACCAACCACCAGAGUUCAUUAAACUGAUGCAGCGUUGUUGGGACUCAAAUCCUAAAAAGCGACCAACAUUUCGCGAAAUCAGGCAAAUUUUAGAGUCAGGAACAGUUUUAAUGACAGGAGUCAACAAAGAAGAGUAUCUCAGCUAUGUCAAGAAGACACAGAAAGAACAUUUGGAUAUCCUAGAAAAAGUGAAGUCCAAAAAAUCUCCUUCAGAAAAAACAUUGGAAAAAUUCAAAAAAGUAUCACCUUUUGGAUCAAAAUCUCCCAUUCUUCUUGAGACUAUUUUAGACGGUAAUUUGUGUACAAGUGACAUAGUAGACAAAGUAGUUCAAAUGGUCGUCAACAGCGAUACAGAAGAUGUCGCAAAAAGAGCAAUAGACAUGAUGAUCGACAUUGACAGAAAAAAUUCUGACAAAAUUGCGUUUUCGGUUUUGACAAUUUUCAAUGAAGAUCCUGAAUACGUUAUCUCUGUUAUAAGACGCCUUUCUUUUGGCAUUACCAAUAAAAUGGAGUUCAUUUAUAAGAUAAUUUACCCAGGAGUUUCUCAAAAUCCUCAAUUAAUCGAUUUAAUCGAUGCCCUCGACUCAUUGGAGACAAUAAAUUACGUAUUUGACCUCGUGGAUGACAAAUUCGUGCCCCUGAUGAUAACAGCAUACAUGAAUAGGUUCGGAAUGGUCAAAGAAAUUAUUCAGAUCUCAUUUUGCAGUUUUGAGUGCUUAAAAUGCAUGAUAAGGUCAAUGAGGUUCGUAAAAAGACUGAAUGAGUUCGGUGAUGAAGCAAAAAUCCUUAAUUGCCUCCAAAUAAUUAAAUCAGAUAAAUGGAUGUCAAACGAAACAUUAAUUAAAGAGAUAUUGGACACAUUUACUGACCAAAUGAAGAAAUCUCAUCCUGGAUUGGCUUCAGCAGAAAUACUUAACUGCGCUUGCCAAUUCGAAUCGACCAAAAAAAUUGUUGAAAAAAGUGACUUUUGGUAUUUAAUUUCUGAGAUGUUUCUUUCAAGAAAUGAAACCGUAAUUGAUACAGUAUUUGAGAUACUAAAGAAGUUAGAAACACCAGAAAAAUACAGAAACAACAUUUUCGAGAACGCUGUGAAAUGUUAUGAAAAUACGAAACACGAGAAUGUGUUUGAGUUCAUAAUUCACUGUCUAAAUGAGUAUAAUAACCUCAAUGCAACCAAAUUCAUCUCAUUAUGCUUGAUUUUCAUGGAAAAUAACCAAAAGAAGAAUUUGGAUUGUGUAAAGACUCUUAUUAAGACAAAAAUCAAUUUGAAUUAUGAUGAAAUGAUAUCGAAAUCACUAGAAUGUUCAUUGAAGAAGGUAGAUUUUAAUACUGCUUUGGCUAUUGGAAUAUUCUUCUUGAAAAAUAUAGAAAACCAGAAAAUAACUAAUAUAAUACUGCCAAUAUUGAACUAUCUGUAUCAUUCAAGACCUCCUUUCCAAGUGAUUUUGCCUUAUUUAGAAAUUAUUUUGCAAUCUCUGACAGAUUUUGACUUAGUUGAAAUGCUUGUUAGAGAAAACUUUAUUUUAUACCUUAACCAUGUUCCUCUUUUAUAUCCGCGCGAAGAUGAUGUUCCUAAUAUCAUCGCUCAGUUCGGAGAAGCUUUCAGUAAGUAUGUUUGA